GAUCUCAAAACCUGACUCGCGAUACUGAAAUUAAUGUCAAAUUUCAAGAGGUCACAACCAUAUCACAGAGAUGGGAUUCUUUUAGGCCGAACCUUGCCAAAAUCAGAAUGAUUAGACCCCUAGUGCUAAAAGCUACUUUCAAAACAGUACUGUUGUGUGAAAUGGAUGGCAUCUGGACCAUAGUCUGGACCAGAUGGAAAGUUAGUCAACGGUCGUUUAGUGGUUCGGUAGCAACUACCGUGCAGUCGUUUGGGAAAUUGGGAGUUGGGGAGAACUGGGGUCCAGGAUGAAUUUGAAACGAGGAAUAUUUAUUGCAGUGAUCUUGACGACGCUGUUUUCGAUAGCCCUUAAAAUUGCGUUGGCUACCCGUAACAUCUCAGCUUCUGAUUUUGAGGACAAUCUGCCCUUAAAGAGGGCCAUGACGGCAGGAGGGCAGUUGGCACUUGAGGCAUGUAGAGAGCAGUUUGCCAACGAACUUUGGCAGUGCCCACUGAGGGCCUUCGUGAACAUGGCGAGUGGAGAACCAGCAACUAGGGAACAGGCCUUUGUGAACGCCAUCACGUCAGCAGGAAUCACCUAUGCCAUCACGAGGAGCUGCUCGCAAGGAAUCCUUGAGGACUGCGCCUGUUCCUCGCGCCAGUUUGGAGCCGUCGAUGCCGUGUUCACAUGGGAGAGGUGUUCUGACGAUGUCACGUACGCCGAUUCUGUCACCGCGAAGUUCUUCAGGUCGAAAAUGAAGCGAGAUGAGGACGCCAGUCGCGCGCAAGUCUUCUGGCAUAAUCACCGGGCCGGGAGGAUAGCAGUGAAACGAUCGAUAAAACGCAUCUGCAAUUGCGAAGGCAGUUCGGUCUCAUGCGCCAACAAGACCUGUUGGUUUAGGCUGACGAAUUUUACAGUCAUCGCUAACAGGCUGAAGAAACAGUACCGUCGGGCGUUUAAGAUAGAAGCUCCCGUCAAUACAAACGCUGCAGAAACAAAAUCAAGUUCCUCUGAGAAUUCUAAGGAAGUAGUAGUACCGUGGAAUGGAAAUAUCCCACCGUUCGUAGGUCUGAGGAAGUUGGUCUAUAUUGAUGAGUCACCGGACUACUGUGUAGCCAACGAGACAAUGGGUUGGCUGGGCGCACGGGGGCGACAAUGCCUCGAGGUCGACGUCGAGACCGAAUUGACCAAGUCAACGAUGAAGCCCUGUCGACAAUUGUGUCGACGUUGUGGAUUAUCUAUCGAGAGAGAGGUCACUUCCCUAAUGGUCGCAUGCAAUUGCAAAUUCAUCUGGUGUUGCAGGAUGGUGUGUGACAGCUGCGUGAAAGAGGUGGUCAGGUACACCUGCGCUUAUGGGACUAAAGAUCAGAUGAACUUGUGA